AUGUGCACUCGAAAAAUCAAAAGGUGUUUUCAGUGUAAAUACUUUGGCGUCGUCGAUGUAAAACACUGUCCAGGGAGGGAUGCAGGUCUCUUCGGUGCCUGCAUAGGAUGGCUUGCUGAAAGGACGUGGUAUAUCGAGUGUCCCGCUUGUUGUCGUUCAGGAUCUCCAUCGGAAAACCAUCUUCUUGCUGAUACCGAUCAGCCUGAAGUCAUUGAUUCGGGUAGCGGAGAAAUGAGUUAUCAUGAUUCUGGUUCCGAUGAUCUAGAUUUAAGGUCUGGAGAGGCUACAACUGAAUGGUCUCCUCUAGAUUAG